AUGUGGGGAUUAUUGAUCAGAUUUAUCUUAUUAGGCGUUUGUGCAAAAGAAGUGAUUAGCAGAAGAGUGGAUAGGAACAAUGCCUCUUACGAGGUAGAUGAUACCAUAAAAUCAUCGGUAUGCCACUACAGCGACCCAAAUGUUGCCGAUUGUAUCCAAAGAAUGGCGGAACAAGCCAGGCAUCUUCUAGCAAAGGGUGUGCCAACCCUGGGUGUCCAACCUUUGGAGCCCUUGAAGGUCCCUAGCAUCAGGUUAAGGCAACAUAAUGUUCCAAAGAAUGCCUUCAAGUAUGACGCCUGGCUCUCUGAUGUUAUGAUCAGUGGACUAACAAACUUCACGUUUAAUAAAUUAGACGUGUACCCUGAAGAUCUGAAAGUGACAGCCAACAUAAGUCUGCCACACCUGGUCAUGACUGGCGAAUACGUAAUUCUGGGUGAAUUCCAGAUGUUGCCAGUCGAGUCCACCGGAAAAAUGUCCGCUAACUUCUCAAUGUGCACCGCAGCCCUGGUAGCCUUAGGUGCGCGUGUGCAUAAGCGGAUGGUGAUCCGAGACGCGGACGUCCGGCUGAGAUGCAGCGACACGGUCAAAGCUGACCUUAACGAGGUGCAUUCUACUACCAAUGAAAUGGAGAUGAUAACAGACCACAUUGCCAAGAUGCAUUCCUCGGAGAUAGUGAAAGAGAUCCAGCCAGCUGUUGAGACAUCCCUGGCGAUGGUCCUGGAGGAUAUCGCCAAUAAAUUCCUCAAACAUAUACCUUCGGAGAUGGUCUUCCCAAAUAAGUAG